GAUCUGUUGCUGCUAGUGCGCUACUGGAAGACCCUGGGGGAUUCCCUUUUCGUGUGCCACCACUUGGUGGCGCUCUAUGCUUAUGGAUACGUAUUGGGUGGUUCCUGGAUGCCGCUGGCUGGCCACGUACUUCAAGCCUUGUUCUGGCCAAUGGCUUUGCUAUGAUGGUAGCGUUCUUUAUGGUGCGCAUUGCUGUCAUCCCCAGCUAUUAUAUGCAGGUGUACUCUUGGUAUGGAACGCCUGAAUAUGAACGUUUAGGCCUGGGUGUACAACUGGCCUGGAUCGGGCCAAGCCUUGCUUUGGAAGUGCUCAAUUUGAUCUGGAUGUACCGUAUUGUCCGUGGCUUCUACCGAGCUUUAGGCUGGUCAAAGACCGACAAGGCAGCCUGAAGAAAGGAAAGUGAUGGUACUUGACUUGGAAGACCCACGUUCUGCUGGACAAAAAUAAAUUCCCUCUUCUAAUCCCCUUAGAAGCCAGUAGCUCUAGGAACUGCUCCUGACUUAAGUCCUUGGGGAAAGAAUCCCAGAUUCAUGGGAAAAUGGAGCAUAUGGUUUUCCAUUCAAUCAAAGAAAGGUCUUGGCCAAAUUGACUAGGUUCAGCAAUUUGCCAUCUUCUAGAGAUGGGAGGUGUAUCUAGCCUAACUUUUGGCACAAAUGGAAAUGCUUGAGAGAUAAGAGUUUGGGGGACUCUGCUGACAUUCCACAGGACUUUUGAACGAGAUUUCAUAUAGCUCUGUAUAGCUAAACAGGUGAUGUUUCUAAUAUUUCAGGAAUUUAACCUCUUUCAACUAUCAAAUCUGUCCAUGAUGAUGAUGAUCAGGUACCGUUUCUUCCUAGGAAGAAAAGACUGGCUUUUGGGCCAUGUUUAGUGGUAAAGGGGAUUGAAAAUAGUGGAAGGAUAAGGGAAGAAAUAAUUGUAAAUUAAAAUUGUAAAUUUAAUGAAUUUAUAUGCCGCCCAAUCCUGAAGGACUCCGGGC